UCUCUCAAAAAAAGACACAGGUCAUGGAUGUGUUAUUAUUAUUACUAGCUCUAGCUCUUAUGGUUGCUUUGCCAAGCAUGACUCUAGUUGAGAGCCGCAAAUCUCCAGUUAUGGACUACUUCGAGUACCGUGCUAUGAGCUGCAGAGGUUACAGUGCCUCAUUGACAGAAUUUGGAGGGGUUGGAGAUGGAACAACUUUGAACACAAAAGCUUUUCAGACAGCCAUAGAUUAUCUGAGCAGAUACACAUCAAAUGGUGGGUCUCAACUUUAUGUUCCUCCAGGAAGAUGGUUAACUGGCAGCUUCAAUCUCACCAGCCAUUUCACUCUUUUCCUACACAAGGAUGCUGUAAUUCUUGGCUCUCAGGAUGAAAGUGAAUGGCCGGUGAUUGAUCCCCUUCCAUCUUAUGGUCGAGGGAGGGACACCCAAGGUGGAAGGUUUAGCAGUCUAAUUUUUGGAACCAACCUAACAGAUGUGGUUAUAACUGGGGACAAUGGCACAAUAGAUGGACAAGGUGAUCUGUGGUGGCAAAAAUUCCACAAUGGCCAGCUGAAUUAUACCCGGCCUUACCUGAUUGAGAUUAUGUACUCAGAUAAUGUUCAGAUAUCCAACCUCACUUUGGUUAAUUCUCCAUCCUGGAAUGUUCAUCCUGUUUAUAGCAGCAACGUUAUUGUUCAAGGCAUUACAAUUCUUGCUCCUGUGACAUCUCCAAAUACAGAUGGGAUCAACCCUGACUCGUGCACAAACACACGAAUUGAGGACUGUUAUAUUGUGUCCGGGGAUGACUGUGUAGCUGUGAAGAGUGGUUGGGAUGAGUAUGGGGUUAGGAUCAAAACUGGUGUAGGGAGAGGAGGCUAUGUUAAGGACAUAUACGUUAGAAGGAUGACAAUGAAAACAAUGAAAUGGGCAUUUUGGAUGACAGGAAAUUAUGGAUCUCAUGCUGAUAAUAACUAUGAUCCUAAUGCACUGCCUGUGAUUCAGAAUAUUAAUUAUCGUGAUAUGGUUGCUGAGAAUGUGACUAUGGCAGCUUUGCUGGAGGGUCUAUCCAGUGCCCCAUUUACUGGAAUCUGCAUAUCAAAUGUAACCAUUGAACUAGCAAAGAUGGCCAAAAAAGUUCCAUGGACUUGCACUGAUGUUGCUGGGAUUUCAAGUGAUGUGACUCCUGUGCCAUGUGAUCUGUUGUUGCAAGACCAGGGAGUAAAGAAUAAUGGGGCAUGUACCUUCCCAGAAGAUAGUUUGCCUAUCGAAGAUGUCAAGGUUCAAACGUGCACUUACAGAAGGAAUGUAUAACGUUGCAAAAGGAAUGGCUCGGUUCAAGGGAACAAUCCAAACAGCGUCAUACUUCAAAAAUGUAUUUAGAACAUUGGAGACUUAUAAAAAUUCAAAACAAGAGCAACCCGAAUAAUUAAACUAG